AUGGGGGGGGGGGUUUGGGGGGGGGGGGAGUUAGGUUGUGUGGGGGAAGGGGGGUUGGGGGGGGGGGUGUGGGGUGGGGGGGGGGGGGGUUGGGGGGGUGUGUGUUGUGGGUAUUGGGUGGGGGGGGAUUUUGGGUGUGGUGGGGGGGGGGUUGUUUUGGGGGUAUGGUGGGGGGUGGGUGGGGGGGGGGGGGGUUUGUGGGUUGGGGGGGUGGUGGGGGGGGGGGGUUUGGGGGUUUGGGGGGGGUGUGGGGGGGGGGGGGGGGGGGGGGGGGGUGGGGGGGUUGGGGGGUGGUGGGGGGGGGGGGGGGGGUGUGGGGGGGGGUUGGGGGGUGGUGGGGGGGGGUUGGGGGUUGGGGGGGUGGGUGGUGGUGGUGGGGGGGGGGGGGGUUGGGGGGUUAUGGUUGGGGGGGUGGUGGGGGGGGGGGGGUUGUUGGGGUGUAGGGGGGUUUGGGGGGGUUUUGGGGGGGGGGGGGGGAUGGGGGGUGGUUUGGGGUGGUUGUGGGGGGGGGGGUUUGGGGGGGGUUGGGGGGUGGUGGGGGGGGGGGGGGGGUGGGGUGGUUGGGGGAGGGGGGGUUGGGGGGGGGGGGGGGGUUGUGGUGGGGGUGUGGGGGGGUGGGGGGGGUGGGGGGGGGGGGGUGGGGGUGGGGGGUGUGGGGGGGGGUGUGGGGGGGUUUGUGGGGGGUGGGGGGGGUGGGGGGGGGGUGGGGUGGGUUGGGGGGGGGGGGUGGGGGGGUGUGGGUUGGGGGGGUGGGGUGGGGGUGUGGUGGGGGGGGGGUUGUGUUGUUUUGGUGAGGGGGGUGGGGGUGGUGGGGGGGGUGUGGGUUUUGGUUGUGGGGUUGUGGGGUGUUGGUGGUUGUUUUUUUGUGGGGGGGGUGUGGGGGGGGGGGGGGGGGGGGGGGGGGGGGGGGGUGGGGUUGGUGUAGGGUGGUUGUGUUUGUUUUGUUGUGUGGUUUGGGGGGGGGGGGGGGUGGGGGUUGUGUGUGGGUUGGGGGGAGGGGUGUUGGGGGGGGGGGUGGGUGGGUUGUGGGUGGGGGUGGUGGGGGGUGGUGGGGUGGGGUGGGUGUGGGGGUGGUGGGGGGGGGGGGGGGGGGGGGUGUGGGGGUGUGGGGGGGGGGGGGGGUGGUGGGGGGGGGGGGUGGUGGGUUUGGGUGUGUUGUUUUUUGGGGGGUUGGGGGGGGGGGGGGGGGGGGGGGGUUGGGGGGGGGUGGGGGGUUGUGGGGGGUGUGGUGUGGGGGGGGGUGUUGGAUGUUUGUGGGGGGGGGGGGGUGUUUUGGUGUGGGGGGGGGGGUGGGGGUGGGUGGGUGGGGGGUGUUUGGGUGGGUUUGGGGGAGAGGGGUGGGGGGGGGGGGGGGUGUGGGUUGUGGGGGUGUUGUGGGGGGGUUGUUGUUGA